UUCUUGUGGAUCCAGUUCAGAUUAUUGCAUUUGCUUUGAGUGACCCCAACACUUGGCCAGGGUCAUAUCUGAUUAUUGUGUCAAGUGUAUUUAUCCUUAUUGCUCUUCAUGUCGAAAGAUCGCUGUCAGCGCUUUCAAUCAGUGAAAAAAUGGGAUACACUAUGCAGAUGAUCAAUCUUGGAGCAAUUCUGUUUAUUCCGCUAUUUGUGCUUAAAGUGUUGACAACAUCUACUGCAGUUGGAUCAGCAAUGGUAUUAACAUUGCACAGCAUCAUUUUCAUGAAGUUGUACUCGUAUCAUGAGGUGAAUAGGUGGCUUCGUGAAGAAUGGGCUCCUUUAGGUCUAAAGUCAGCCAUGAAACAGCCAGGUAUUACAUCAUGUGUAUUUGAAAAUAGAGAACGUAAUGGUAAUAGGAACAACCUUGAUGAAGUAAUUACUUAUCCAGACAACCUGACAGUAAGAGAUAUUUACUAUUUUUUGUUUGCUCCAACACUCUGUUAUCAAAUGAAUUUCCCAAGAUCCGCAAAAAUACGCAUACGUUUCCUUCUGCGACGUCUAUUUGAAAUGUUUUUUUUAAUUCAUCUUUUUGUUGGACUGCUUCAGCAGUGGGUUUUACCAGUGACUCAACAUCAAAUGAUGCCGUUUCUUGAGAUGAAGCUGACUGUAAUGGUUCACCAGCUGUUUCUGAUAGCGAUACCAAAUCACUUCAUGUGGAUCAUAUUUUUCCAUGGCUUCUUUCACUCAACUUUGAACCUUCUUGCUGAGCUGAUGCGAUUUGGAGAUCGGAGGUUUUAUCGAGAUUGGUGGAACUCAGAGACUCUCAUUUACUUCUGGUCAAAUUCAAAUAUUAUUUUUCACACCUGGUGCAUGAGACAUAUUUAUAGACCACUGGUUGAGAAUGGUUAUUCAAAAUGGGAAGGACAAGCCUCAGUAUUCCUAAUAUCAACAUUAUACCAUGAGUAUCUGCUUGCAGCGCCACUUGGCAUGUUCCGUUUCUGGAUGUUUCUGGAGAUGAUAUUUCAGGUUCCCACUGCUUGGAUUCUAAAUAAAUAUUUAAGAGGACUCUAUGGAAAUGCAAUUGUGUGGAUUUGCAUUAUUUUAGGCCCUCCUUUACUAGUGCAUAUGUACAUUCAUGAUUACUAUAUUUAUCUAGAACGUAAGGCAAAUGCAUAA